AUGGCGCCGUUUACUUUGAGAUGCUCCUCGUGUGCUGUGGUGUCAAGCUCCGGAACUUUGCUUGGCCAGGGGGCGGGCCAAGAAAUCGACCGUCACUCCUGCGUCAUCAGGAUGAAUAUGGCUCCUGUCGAAGGUUACCAGAACGACGUGGGCGAAAGGACCAGUUUAAGAGUCAUGAAUUUUUUCAUGUUCAACGUGAAUCCCUAUGAGCUACCGCCUAACAGUCAGAUUAUGGUUUGGGGGUUGUUGCCAAGGAAAUCGCAUUUGGAGAAUGCCCAGACUUUGAUGAGGAGCCUGAGUGCGGGAUCUACAAUUUAUGGUCAGACCAUGCAAGGCGAGAUAGAAGCAGAUCAGUUGUUUGCGGAGGAAACCGGGCGUAAGCGGGAGAUGACGAAUUCUUGGCUAUCCACUGGUUGGUUCACUCUAAUGAUUGCCCUGGAAAUCUGCCAGGAGACCCAUGUAUAUGGCAUGGUUCCCUCCUAUUACUGCACGAUGAAUGGAACAGCAGAUGUCCCCUACCACUAUUAUGAUAGUCCUUGGAAUAAGCAGUGCGCGACAUACAAGGAUUCAGAGACGAACUCCAAGGGUGCUCACCGAUUUAUGACGGAGAAAGCAGUCUUUGCCCGCUGGGCUGUGAAAUAUAACCUCUCAUUCCACCACCCCGAGUGGACAAUAGACAGAGAAAACCUCACAAGGCUGGACACUCCUUUUGUGAGGAGUACUUUGCGACGGAAAUAAACUUGGCCUCACUCCAGUUCAAAGAAUGCGUCAGCCGUGAUUUGAGUUUAGCCACGACGAGUCCAGCGGGUAUGUGCGAAGAUUUUGCACUUUGUGGUAAAAGCAUGAAACAUGGUACACAUGUUUUUAAACCAGGGGCCAUAUUCAUUAAACCUUACUAAGCUUAGUUGGUUACUAAAAAGGCAUGUAGUUGUUUACUAAGCCCAGUUGGUAACUAAUUGAUAUUCAUGAAACAUUAAUAUUAUAGGUUUUCCCAGCUAUUUUAAAACGUUUAUCGUUCGAAU